AUGACAAGCAAUCACAGCAAGCGAAAAGGAGGACGGCCUGUGCAGAAGGCCAGUGCAUGUCACUACUGUGGCGAGCAAGGACAUUGGAUUGCCAAGUCUCUGGUGAGGAUCCGCGGGAAUGCGGAAUGGAAGAGGUUGCAAAGAGCAAGCGUCGCGCAGGUUGAAGAAAACUCUGGCGCCUUUCUGUUUUCAGUUAAUGGAGAUAACAUCAAGCUGAGUGAAGAGUGGCUGGUCGACUCAGGUGCGACUCAGCACAUGACAUACUCAAAAGAGUACAUGAAGAACUACCAGAAGAUCUCGCCAGUGGAUGUGAAUUUGGCGGUUGAUGGCGUGGUACAAGCAGUGGGAAAGGGAGUCAUCAUCCUGUCAAUGAGGACAAAACACGGCGUCAAGAAAGGUGUGCUUACUGGUGUGUGGCAAAUCCCCAAGUUGACGCGCAACCUGUUCUCUGUGAGGCGUUUUACGAAGGACAUUGGCCCCGUCACAUUUGAAAGUGACGGGUGCUUUGCUCAGUCGAAGAGUGUGAAGUGA